UCUGGUGCUGGAGAAUACGGUACGAAGCAAUGGACAUUCUAGUGGUGAAAAUAAUCGCACUCUUCACGCUCUGUCUUUUGUCUCUUUUAGCUGGUUCACUACCGUUGUUAUGUCUUCGGAGACGAUCCCCGCGUUUGAAGACUUUGCUACUCUUCUGCAACUGUUUUUCAGGAGGCAUCUUCUUAGGGUCAUUCCUACUCCAUCUUCUUCCAGAAUCACAAGAAAAACUUAAAGACGUGUUUCCAGAUGAGGACUUCCCAGUCAGUGAAGCACUGGUGGCGGCGGGAUUUUUCCUGAUUCUCCUCAUCGAAUGCACAGCUCUGGCGUGUUAUCAAACGGAACAUACCUCAUCCCAACAUAAUGAACGUAGCUCUUUGCUUUGCAAUGAAAACUCCUCCGCUGUAAUAGAGCCAGCAGAGGAGGACGUACAUGAGCAUGGAAUUAUCGGCGACUCUUCUAUUCUACGAACAGUCUUCUUUCUAUUAGCGCUUAGCAUACAUUCAUUAUUUGAGGGGUUUGCUAUAGGACUUGAGACAUCAAAAAAAGAGGCCCUUCAAUUAUUACUUGCUAUAGGCAUACAUAAAUCAUUAAUUUCCUUAAGUUUCUCUUUUAACCUUGCACGGCAGAACAUGACCAUCUUGGUACAAAUGAUAUUCUUGGCGAUAUUUAGUUUUUCUUCUCCACUAGGCAUCGGCAUCGCAAUCGCAUUGUCAGAGAAUCCAAAUGCACUCCUCAACGGCAUCUUGCAAAGUCUGUCAGCUGGUACGUUCCUGUAUGUUAUAUUUAUAGAAAUUGUUCCAUCUUUGAAUCUUCAUCACCAUCGUGGUCCCUUGAAAGCCCUGGUAAUGAUGGUAGGAUUUGGGGUUAUGAUUGGUCUGCAUUAUGUUGAAUGAAAUAAAUCAUUCUUUGCGCUCCUUAGCCUUAGGCAAGGCACUUUAUCUACAGUUGUCUCUCUCCACCCAGGAGUAGGCCUACACGUGGGUACCUGGUAGGUUCAAACACAGCCAGCGCUGA